AUGCCUCCAAAAAAAAAUAACAUUAAAAAAAACAAUAAAAAUAUUGCUGAUGACUUAUCAAUAACUUUAAAAGAUAUGCAAUGUAAAUUUGGUGAAGAAAUUAAUAAUGAAGAGGCAAAAUUAAUAAAAGAAACAUCAGAAAUAAUUAAUAAAUGUUCAGAGACAUUAUAUCGAACAAUUACAAAAGAUAUGCCGAAAGAAUUUCUUGAUAUGAAGUAUAAAAAUUUUCUAGAAAUACAGGAUUCUACAAGUUGUACAUUACCAAAACCAAAUGAUACAAUGAUGAUUAUUCAGGAUAUUCGGAACAAAGUUAUGAAUGGUAAUGCCUCUCCAGAAACAGUUAAGAAAUAUCAAAAUAUUAAAAAAAUAUCACAGUAA